UCACCAUGCCACCAAAGGACACGGAGCUGUACGACCUCCUCGGCGUCAAGCCCGAGGCUACCGACAUUGAGCUCAAGAAGGCGUACCGUAAGCUGGCGAUCAAGUGGCACCCAGACAAGAACCCGUCCGAGGAGGCCGAGGCCAAGUUCAAGGAGAUCGGCGAGGCGUACCAAAUCCUCAGCGACCCGGACCAGCGCGCAUUCUACGACAAGGUCGGGCGUCAGGCCAUGAAUGCGCCCGAGAGCGCGAUGGAGGACCCCGAGGCCAUCUUCUCCAAGCUCUUUGGCGGCGAGGCCUUUGUCGACUACAUUGGCGAGAUUGCGCUCGUCAAGGAUUUUACGAGCACGAUGGACGUCGUCAUGUCCCCGGAGGAACGGGCCGAGAUGGAGGCGGCCAAGAACGAGGCUGAGGAGCGCCCGGGCUCGCCGAGCAAGUCUGGGACUGCUUCGCCAAGCAAGCGCGACUCGGUGCCCCCGGCCGCCAAGCCUGCGUCGCCGACCAAGCCUGCGUUCACUGGCGCGGCUGAGACUACGCCUGAGGCUGCGGCUGCAGCUGAGCAGAAGCCCGUCACAGCAGAGGGCUCGGGCGCCGGCUCGGGCGUUGGUUCGACCGUCGGGACGCCCGCCUCGGCGUCCGCCACCGACAAGAAGAAGGAGGCGGGCAAGGCCAAGCUCACGGCCGAGCAGAAGGCCAAGCUCGAGGCGCUCGAGCAGGAGAACCAGCAGCGCCGUGAAACCCGCAUCAAGGACCUCACGACCAAGCUUCUUACGCGUAUCCGGCCGUACGUCGACGCCAAGCACCCCGGUGAGGCCAACGACCCGGAGACCAAGGCGUUCGAGGCGAGGAUACGCACCGAAGCCGAGGACCUCAAGCUCGAGAGCUUUGGCGUCGAGCUCCUGCACACCAUCGGCACGGUUUACGUCACCCGCGCGGGCAACUUUGUCAAGAGCAAAAAGUACUUUGGCGGAGGCUUCUUCGGGCGUCUCAAGGAGAAGGGCGGCUUCGUCAAGGAGAGCUUUGGCAUGCUGUCCAGUGCGCUCAACGUCCAGGCGGCGAUGCAGGAGAUGGAGCGUCUCGAGGCCAAGGGUACGGCGACGCCCGAGGAGAUUGCCGCGCUCGCCGAGGACUUGAGCGCCAAGAUGCUGCUCACGACGUGGCGCGCCACGCGCAUCGAGGUCAUCACUAUCCUCGGGCCUGUGAUUGACGCCGUCCUCCACGAGCCCGGGAUCUCCAAGGACCUGGCGGUGCGCCGCGCCAAGGCGAUCAUGGCCAUCGGGAACAUCUUCAAGUCGAUCGAGGACGACGAGGACGCCGAGGAGCGGCGUGAGCUCGAGCGCCUCGUCGCGUCGGCCGCAGGCAAGAAGAAGAAGGAGAAGAAGGAGAAGAGCCGGCGCGCAUCGCCCGCUACGCCAGACGAGAAGCCCGAGCCUGCGAAGUAGGCUGCCAUCCUCAUUCAUAGACUUCCGUAUCGUUAGCAUGCCACUGCCUAAUAUGUUGC